UGGAGCGUAGUCCGCGCGCGAGUGCAGUAAUUUUUCCAACAAAAUUGUUUUUUUUUUCUCAAAACCGACAAUAGCAAUUGUGUAGUGCGUUUCCAAGACGAGCAAAAAGGGAUUAACCGUGAAAAGUGCAGUGAAGGAAGUGAAGAAAAAAUAGCAGAUUGAUUGCAGGGGUGAUAACAAGGUGUGGUAAAUCCGAAUUGAAGAAGCAAAUUGUGUUUUCCUACAAUCAUGUGAAGAUAAUGAAGAAGUUGAGUAGGCGACGAAGAAUUACUCCUUGGAAAGCUGUCUGCUGUGAAUAGUUUGAAUAAAAUUUCAUCAUCGUUUGCUUUUCACUGAACGCAUUGGGCUGUCAAAGCAGCUUUAUUUGAUCAUUCACUGUAAUCCUAUUCUGAGGUGGCCGCUCCUACCACCCCGUCGGACACUACCAAGCUAUGGAUAUUAUCAUCGACGUAGAAGAAGUGCUCGUAGACGACUCAUUCAUUUGCGACACGGAACGAUUGGACGAUGAAGUGGUGGAAAUAUUCAAACAAUGGAAAUCAUGCAGCACAGUCCCGUCAAGCGGUGGCGUCCUUCCAGUACAGACGCCACCAGCCUCCAGCAGCUUCGGUUCUGGCAGUACCAAUCACCACUACAGCACUCACAACGCUACUUUUAACAAUAGCGACAGCAAAGGCUCAAAAUACAUCGAUACACGAACAUUCACGAGACCAAAGAAAAGACUGGACUCUACAUUCAAUGUCUCCAAUUUAUCUGCAGAGCUGUCGCCCUCACUGCAAGAAACCUCCAUGAAGGUGUCCUCUCCGCUACUGAAUCUACAAAUAGGCGGUGCAGUAACUAUGACCCCCGGUAGUACGGCAAACACGAGUCAGAUGAUGCAAAGGAGCUGGCUAAACGAUGUCUCCCCACCAGGGUCCAUCAUGUCUUCGAUGGAGUUUUCGAUAAACGACAAGAUGGGCAGUAGUCUUAUUACUAGUGGAGACUUCACCAACGUUAGUUACUUGCUGAAUGCGAACGGAGGCGACGAUACUCAGCUCAAUUCGCACAGCAAUUACGAUGGCUACAAGUUGGCCGAUGUGAUAAAAGAUCGUAAAUUUCUGGAGAAUUUGUCGUGUUUCGAUGAUAAUUCGCUGACUAAAGACUUGGCGAUAUCAAAAACCGAUUUGAAUGGAAUCGAAGAGAAUCUGUCUGGGCUUAGUACAAUGCAGAAUUCGUUAGAAAGCGUAACAAAAAGUGCAGAAGGUCGAUUAUCCGAUGUAACGAUGGUGCUUGGGAAUGAACAAACGGAUGUAACGUUUGAGGUGGAGCCUACGGAAACUGCACCAGUGGUUGGGCCAAAGUUGAAUAGUACAUUCGAAAGGAGGCGAAACUUCGACACUUAUAGGAAGCCAAAAUCUAGUCUAAACAGUACAUUUGAUACACUACCAAAAGUUGAUGGCGGAGAACCAAUGCUGGCUAAUCAAACUUUUAACGCUGGUAUUAGUGAUAAAACGAUGGACGGUACUUUUGGUGCGACGGACAAUUGCAACGGAACAUUCUCACUCAAUCGAACGGCCAAAGUGAACGGAGUCCAGAAGCAACUUAAUCAAACUUACGAAUACUGUGAAAAAGACUCCUCUGGUGUUACCGGGGUGAAUCGAACAUUCGAAAGUCCUAGCAAUGGAACCUACUUUGAAAAUGUGGCCAGUCCAGAUCCGAUCAGUAGUGCUAGUUAUCAUACUCCAAACGGGACAUUUGAGGUACCAGUCAAUGAAGUGGGAAGCAGGGAUUCGAUGGGUGUCGCUCAAUCGACUCCGUUUGUGCAAGUGCCUAGAGUGAAGCGUAUUAGUGAUAUAAGUCAGUAUGAAGUGAAUGUUUCGCCAAUCGCUGCCAAUACAGGUAGGCGGUUGGAGGGCCCAAGACUUAGCCGGAAUCUAGAAAGUGAAAUCGCCAUGGAAACCGAUGAUUUCGAUGUAGAGUUCCGCAGACUUCCGGGUACUCCAAGUUCAAAGACUGAAAAUAGUUCACACUUCUUGGAUAACGAGAAGCGAAUAUCACUGCAGCAGUUCGAGGAGUUUGAAAAGUCUUUCAUGGAAAGCGAGCAAAACGGUGUGGACUUCGAUGAAAUGUUGAACUCGCUUACCGAUGUAAAACGAUCGGUGGAUAGUGUCAAGUUUCGCCAAUCGUUGGACAAUAUCAAGAAACGUCAUUCGCGUAUUAAUUCCGAGAAGCAACAAGAUGAACUGAAGAAACGAGGGGAAAUGAAUGACUCCACAUCUUCUCCAAUGGACAAUAAGCUGGCGGACUCGAUGAUUAGAAGUAUGUCGUCGUCCGGUGGCAGUGAACGACUGUUGAAUCGUAGGAGUAGAUACAACGAUGACGUCCACCUUACUUUGUCGCCCCAGCAGCAAAAUUCGCAGCCACUUAGAAGUGCAGAAACGUCAUUACAUGAACCGGAGCUGCAAACGAACGAACCGAAUGCGACGGAGAGCGUAGAUCCACUUCCUACUGCGAGCGAGGUAGGAAGCAGUGAUAGAAAGAACCGCGAUCGAUUCAAAACGAUCCGUAUCAACAAGAGACGUGAAGAAGGAAUGGUCAUUGUACCGGGUCCCGAGGAAGUGGAGGACAACCUGCCCGAAUCGGCUUCUCUUCUUAUGGAAGAAGAGCUGCCCGGUUCACCAGUAGUGGCAACCAGUGCCUUUAGCCGUGUGGAUUACAAUUCACCGAAGGAAUCGCGUUUUUCUUCCGCCAGUAGCUAUGAACAGAAUAAGACUGAAGAGGUGGUUUUCAAACGACCGCAAGGUAUCCCAAAGCCUGAAAGCAAAGUACGAUCAUUAUCAAAGCCACGAUACUACGGUGGUCUUGGAAGCGGCAUUGGUUUGGCCAGGAAAGAUUUAUCCCUUCCGUUGUCGACAAAAUCAAGUUCUACAGAUAAUUUGGAAAAUGAUCGACCGAGCUACCAGCAGCCAAGGUUAUCAUUGGGUGGUAACAGGCUGGGCGGUGGUGACACUGGAAGGAAGAUCGGUGCAGCAGGUUCCGUACAAUCAAACCUAAAAUCACCGAUGGGAACCAAGUCAAAGUCGUACCAUAAUCUGUACUACAACCAAAGCAAUCACGGAGGAUCGAAUAGUAAUUUAAACAGGAUUCCAACUCCGCUAGGGUUGUCCGCGCAGAAACUUUCGCACAAUAAUAGCAAUACUGAGCUGAAAAAUAACACUUCCAAGUUGCAGUUGAAUCUACUGCGAACGCCCCGUGCCAGUUCACUGGUGCGACCCGGUACAACAAUAGCAGCGACGUUGAAAAAUUCUGCACCCGAAAUCAAUACCCGGAGCAGAGAACUGAACCCAAGCAGUAUUACCACUACAAAUUCUAAUCUAUCCGGAGUGCAGAUGCGGGCACCAAAAGCGGCUUCCCGGCUAGGACUGGUACGGCCCUCAUCCGGUUACUUUAGCUAUAGUUCCCACAAGAAAUCCGUAGAUUCAGACACCGAAUCAAUCAACAGUUUAUCAUCGUCAUCAGCUAGCUCUAGAGGAAGCUUGUAUCGUGUAGAUAGUCAAAAUAUAGCUAAUAAUGUACAAAAUUCCGCGACCCAUAGUAUUGAAGACAUUAGCGGCAGUGUCAGUGUAAAUAAUGGUAAUAGCCUAGGACUGAAGUCUAAUCUAAUCGAACCAAAUCGAACGGCAGUGAAUCCGAUCAAGAGUGCAGCAGCGCCCGGUGGGAAUGGUGCGAAACCCUCUGGCUUAAGGCAACCAUCGAACCUGCGUCCACCGACAGCCCGCAGCGGACUUCCACGACCGACCAGUUACGUGAGGAGAUAGAUUGUGCGUGUUUCUUUAGUGCUUAGAAAUUUUUAUAGAUUUUUUGAAGCGCUGUUCAAUGUUAUUUUUGUUCUGAAGCAAUUGUAUUUUUUUUUCAAAGAUGAAUGGUCUCUUUCGAGAGGAGGCUUACAAACAGUUUAUUGCCUUCCUAGCAAAUCAUUCAUUAUUUCAAGUAUCCAACAUAUGGUGAAAUUAAGUUCAGGGCGUUCGAAAUGAGCCUACUGAUGCGAUUCGUGUGCUAAAAAACGACGAAUUAAACAGUUUAUUUCACAAUGCGCAUUCGUAACACCGAAUCAAAUCCGUAGCUUUCGCAGUUACAAUGUCGAGAGUACUGUGCAUUUGCUGUUGUUAUACGUUUUGUACAGUCAAGUUUAUUUUAUUAUAAGUUCUGUAUUUCAGAUACCCUUAAUAGGUCACUAGAUUUUAUCUUGUAUCAAAAUCUCAUCUUUCAAUAAGUAUCAGUCAUGAUCCUAUCAAAUCGAAUUUUAAUUCGUUCAAAUUUUUUUUAUCAUUGUAUGUAAGUUAUUUAUCCACAGUCUAAUAGGUACUUGUCACUUUUCUAAUAAAUGUCCCAUUAAAAAAAAACCCACUAUUAAAGAUUCAUAAAAUGUUUCGCUAGUUGCCAUCUGUGUAAUUUUGAACUGAACGCAUAUUCGUUGACACUGUUGCAAGUUCGUUGAUAAUUCCUGUCAUUGCAUUUUUGUCUAUCAUUUGUCGUCGAAUUCUUUUUAACCGUUAUGAAUCGAUUCGUCUUUGUCCUUGUGAUAUACAAGUGAGCUCUCCUUUUUUACACCUAACCCGUUAAUGCUAUUUUUAGCUAUUAGAGUAGAAUAAGCCGAUCCCGAAAACGAAUAAAAUCUAUAUUGAAUAAUUAUUGACGUUACUCCUCUAUAUCCGAUAACGCGCAAAUCGACCCGAAACUAUUCCCUAAUUUGAAUCACUAGGAUUUGAGUGCCCUCGAUUAGUUCUAUACUUUACAAGGCAGUAAUCGAGUAGGAAUUGGUGAACUGAAAAGACUAAAAUACAAGCAAAAUAAGAGAUUGUAAGAAAACGAAGCAAACAUUGACAUUACAGCCUAAAUAUAAUGAACUAAUUAAAAAGGAAACGAAUGGAGCGGUUCCUCUAUAUAAAGUGAUUAAAGUUGUCGCAAUCGGAAAGAUGGACCCGUAAAUGCUAACCACAACUACAUACCUACAGAAAUCAGUGAACCUAUCGUAUAUGUACCAGCUAUCCGUUGGAUCAUCAUGAUCUGUAUAUAAAUAUAUAUCUUGAUAAAGAAAUAUAUAUAUUUAUAGAUUAGGUAUCAGUA